CGUAUAAACAGAGGCCCAUAACAAUUACCAAUCAUUAACUAUUAAUUGUAAUAAUCCUUUAUUUUAAAUUCCGAAAAUCUACUGAAGUUCUUCCUUGCCAACCGAACUUCAGUUCAAAUAUUUGAUUCAAAAUUAUCCUUCGAAGGACUGUACACAGUGUACUACAGCCACAACGCUGUACCUUAGAAUGUCAAAUUUGUAGGUUAUAUUUCUGCACCGGAAAAUUUAAAGAGAUUAGUCGGAUUGAAGUGUAGCGACAAUGUUACACCAGUCAUAUGGCCUGCAAAGUUUCAUUCGGAAAAAUAUUGUUUGCCAUCAUAGGAAUCAGUGCUAUAUUUAUCUUGUUGGACAAACAAAGAGACAUGCAAGCAUAUUUAUAACAUCAAAGGCAAAUAGCAAGCAUAACAGUAAUUUUGUAUUGAAUUCACCACAACUGGGAGUACAGCAUAAACUGAACAUAAUUGCGUAUGUAAAUCCUAAAUGGAGGUACGUUACAGCAUCUGGUUUAUCUAGUAUAUCAGAUGGAGAAAAAAAAUCUGGAAAUGAUAAAAAGAAUAAGCUGUCCGAUGCAGAUCAGAAGAUACUCAAGACUGCUGUGACAGAAAAGAUUAUCGAAUUGAAUGCAGAAAAGUUAGGGAAAAUUAAAGAACGACCUCUGGAUACGGAUAAUAACGCAGAAAAAGCUGUUAAGGCUACAACAAAAAAACCAGAAAAAUCCAAGGAUGCCACAGCCAGAGAAGUACCGAUCAGCAGGCCAAUUAUCAACCCACCAAAGAAGAGAGUCAAAGUCGAUCUGUCUGUUUCCUCUUUGGAAAGGAAUUUUAUUACUCCUAUUCGGGCCAUGUCAGAUUUCCUGUUGAAGCCAGCAGAUUUAGAAUCUUUACCCAAAACGAAAAGGAGAUCACCACACGAGUUUGAACCUCCGAUAACGGUCUAUUGGAGAAAAGAUGUUGAAGCUAAAGCUGUAGAAGUAUGGGGAUCCCGAGAGGCACUGUUGAAGGAGCUCUUCAGAAAAGAACUGGAGAGGAAAACGUACCAGCAAAAUGUUUUUACUGUAAAAAGAAGACUCAGAGAUUACAGACGUGAAAUGGGUAAGCAGGCAAAAUCAGUUAAUGAAGAUGGACUCUUUGGUAGAUCUGGUAAAGUUGUUCUCACAGCGAUAAUAAUAAACGCUAGUAAUUUUCUAUUCAAAUUAUUCGCUUGGUUGUACACUGGUUCUCACAGUAUGUUCUCUGAAUGUGUACAUUCGGCAGCUGACACGUGUAACCAGUUGAUUUUAGCAUACGGAAUUCAUAAAUCUGUACAGAACCCAAACCCCGAUCACCCAUAUGGAUACACGAAUAUGAAAAACGUAUCCUCUUUAAUUUCUGGAGUUGGAAUAUUUUGCGUCGGGACAGGCUUGUCCUUUUACCAUGGUAUUCAUGGUUUGGUUUAUCCUGAGCCUGUGGAUUCCUUUUAUUGGGCAUACUUUAUAUUGGGUGGAUCACUGGUAUCUGAAGGAGCGACAUUGCUGGUUGCCAUUAACUCAAUAAAGAAGGGUGCUUUGGAAAGGCGACAAUCAUUCCAAGAAUACGUCAUUGGUGGUCAAGAUCCAUCUGUAAAUGUUGUUCUGAUGGAAGACUUAGCAGCGGUCUUGGGAGUGACGGCUGCUGCCAGUUGCAUGGGGUUAACAUCAUACCUGGGUAAUCCAAUGUUCGAUGCGAUUGGAUCUCUUGUUGUUGGUGUCUUACUAGGUGGUGUAGCAUCCUUCAUCAUUUAUACAAACGUGGCAGCUUUGGUUGGGCGUAGCAUACCUCAAGAAAGUCUCGACAAAAUCAAUGCUGAGUUGGAAGCUGAUAUUAUGAUUCGUGCUAUACAUGACGUCAAAGGAAUUGACAUGGGAAAUUCGCUGGUGAGGUACAAAGCCGAAUUGGAUUUCGAUGGACGAGAGUUGACUAGAUCAUAUCUCGAUAAGCAUGACCUUAAUGCUAUGCUGGAGGAGGUGAAGAAAAUGGAGAAUAUCGAUGAACUCGAAUUGUUUCUGUUGAAACACGGAGAAAACAUCGUCGAUUUGUUAGGUGGGGAAAUCGACAGAAUAGAAUUGAAGUUGAAGAAAAGCCACCCGGAAAUUCGACACUGUGACUUGGAGGUUCUAUAAAAGGCAUGUGUUAGGUAAAUAAAGUUUAUCAUGUGCGAUGUAAAUACUGCUUUCAACAAUAAUAUUUUAUAAUUUGAUAAGUAACAGCUAUAGGCAGAUGUUUUGUAAUUAGGUUUUAUUGGUUUGCUGAAACUGCAUACUAUAUAUUAACUAAUUGAAAAAGUAUUUUCGUUUUUUCUAUGCUUUGUAAAAAUAUUCUUAUUCUAAUCAGUCACUUCCCUAAAGCUAUGAUUCUUACGAUUUGUGUGUUAAUCGAUAACGAUUGAUUUUUGUCGAUCAGUUGUCCUAGGUGGAAGUAUAAUGAUCUGUAGAAUAAUUAUAAUAAGUAAUGUCAUCUGAACCUGUAUAAUUGAAAUAUACUAUGAGAUAACUUGAAA